CUUCUUCUUCCUUCGAGAAAUUUCAGAUCGAAUCAAAAUUUGAAUGAGAUGGAGAUUGUGGUCAGUUCCAUUGCCACGAAGAGGCAUCUAGUCACGCUCGAUCUCCUCGGCCCCGAUCUCUCAUCCGGAGGCCUCGAUCCACGGCUCCGGAUCUCUUCCGACGGCGACUAUCUGCCUCCCCUGGACCUCAACCAGGUCCCCGACGACGUGGGUCCGCGGCGGGAGGUGGAGGCGGGGGAGGGGGAGGAGGCGCUCCAGGGGGGGCAGAGCGUGUGCACCAUCGAGAAGGUGAAGCAGGCGCUGGAGCGGGAGACGGAGCGGCGGAAGGGAGCGGCGUCGGACGGCGGAGAGGGAUCUCUUUCGACUUCUGCUUCUCCCUCCUCCUCCUCCUCCUCGUCGGUCACCACGGUCUCGGCCAAGCGGUUCCCUGACCGGGGCGACGAGGGGUCGCCGCCGGACCGCGGAGACUCCGCGGCUGCCGCCGCAGACAGAGGCGGGAGCCUCGUGGUGGCCGGGUGCUCCGGAUGCCUCUCCUACGUGCUGAUCCCAAAGGGGAACCCGCGGUGCCCCCGAUGCGACGCGCGCGUCACUCCGCCGCUGACGGUGGCCCCGCCGCCGGCGCCGCUCCAGAAGAAACCACGUCAUGCGAUUCCCAUCAUGAAGGUAAAUAAACAAGGUCCAUUACAUUGUUCCUCUAGCCCAGGCGUCCAGGUCUCUGGAGGAUUGAGCUGUCUUAAUCAAAACAUCACAACUUAAAAUCAAUUAAACGCACGGAGCAUGUGGACUGGUACAUUGAUUCUGGUGGACAGGAAGCAUCAGCUAAUCAAGUGUCUGUUUGUGGUCAAAUCGCAUUAAUUGUCUAGUGUUUUUUUUCUCGUUUUCUUGUUUUAGAUUGCCUUCAUUGAUUGGAUUUGGUCUUGUUGGCUGGCAGCUCUUUUUUCAUGCUUUAUGGGCAUUAAAAUCGGCAGCAGACUU